UACAGCCUGUCAGAGCGCAGUCGCUGAGGUAGGAAGAAGGUCGCCGCCAGCUCCACCAUGCCUUCAUCCGAGUUUUACUUCAAUGUGGACAGCGGAUAUCUGGAGGGGCUAGUCCGAGGAUUUAAGGGUGGAAUCCUGAAGGCCGGCGACUACAGUAACCUGGCACAAUGUGAAACCUUGGAGGACCUGAAGCUGCAUUUGCAGUCCACAGACUAUGGACACUUCCUGGCAAAUGAGACUGGACAACUCACAGUAUCUGUAAUUGAUGGAAAGCUGAAACAGAAGCUUAUGACUGAAUUCCACUACUUCAGAAACCAUGCUUUUGAACCACUUUCCACGUUUCUAGAUUUUAUCACGUACAGCUACAUGAUUGAUAAUAUCAUCCUGCUAAUCACAGGAACUUUACACCAGAGGCCUAUUUCUGAGCUGGUUCCUAAGUGCCACCCACUGGGCAGUUUCGACCAGAUGGAAGCAGUCAACAUUGCACAGACUCCGGCAGAACUAUUCAAUGCAAUCAUAGUGGACACUCCUCUUGCUGACUUUUUCCAAGAUUGCCUGUCAGAAAAUGACAUGGAUGAGAUGAAUAUUGAAAUUAUGCGGAACAAGCUGUACAAGUCUUACCUCGAGGCUUUCUACAACUUAUGCAAAACUCUAGGAGGAACGACCGAAGAAAUAAUGUGCCCAAUUCUUGAGUUUGAAGCAGACAGACGAGCAUUUAUUAUCACUAUAAAUUCAUUUGGCACUGAGCUUAACAAAGAAGACAGAGAGACUUUGUACCCAACUUGUGGCAAACUGUACCCAGAGGGGCUGCGACUCCUCGCCAACGCAGAAGACUAUGGCCAAGUGAAGAACACAGCAGAAUACUACGCUCAAUACAGAGCAUUGUUUGAAGGAGUUGGAAGUGGAAAUGAAGAAAAGACAUUAGAAGACAAGUUUUUUGAACAUGAGGUGCAAAUGAACGUGCUGGCAUUUAACAAUCAGUUCCACUUUGGGGUCUUCUACGCCUAUGUUAAAUUAAAGGAGCAGGAAUGUCGCAAUGUCGUGUGGAUCGCAGAAUGCAUUUCUCAAAGGCACCGAACUAAAAUCAACAACUACAUCCCCAUUCUGUAAACCGCCCUUUCAUCCAUUAUUAUACUAUUACAUUUAUAAAAUGCCAAACUAUGUAACUUCUGUAACAUUAUAUAGAAAACAUAUUUACAGCCUGAACCAGCACAUGGCAAAAUGUAUUAUGCUUUAUCAUAAUAGGCAAGAAGGUACUAUUAUAAUAGUGACUGAUACCAGCUAAAGGCCCGUCAUGCAGGGAAACCCUGAUUGGUAAAAUAUGUAAAGGCCGAUAUGGCUUUUUUUUUUUUUAAUCCGGUAAUCACAUGUCCCACUCUCAAAGGUAUCCUAGGCAUCUGCUUACCAAAUGGACCUACCCCUGAGCAUGAAUCAUAUUUCAUACUAAGACAGAAGGAAAGGGGUGGGGUUCUGU